AUGGUGUGGAAGGGCUGCAGCCGUCCGCAGCCGGCGGAAGAGCCGCCGUACUCCAAGACGGAUCUGCCACAGGACGACAACGAAGUGAUCCCUCCGCCACGGCUGCCCACUGUUGCGGAGGUUCCGAGCACAGUUCCGACUACCUCGAAUGGAAUGGCCUCGCCAAUCUCGUCGCUGGAGGUGAUGACAGGAUCUGUUCGAGACCUGCCUUUAUACACACGCACCAACACAGUCACGGAGACCGUGGGCCACGCAGAGGAGGCCGAGGCCGAACCACCGCUGCCGCCGCCAGAGGAGCCGCCGCCCGAAGAGCUGCCGCCGCCUUCACCCCAGGAGAUGGAGGUACCGACCUCUGAGGUGCAGCUCUCUGACAUACAGCCAGAGGUGCAGCUCGCCGACGUACAGCCGGAGGUGGUGGUGAAGCCGCCGAGGCAAAGGAGUACGGCCAGCGACUGGAUCUUGACAGACGUCGACCUGUCUGCGAGACGGUGCCAGUCUCUGAGUCCAAGCUCCUGGUCCGGUUCCUGGACGUGGACUCAGUUGUCCCGAUUCCACCGGCAUUUUGAUCCACCAACGAGCAAGGAAUAUAGCCUGACCUUCCAAAGAGGAGGUCGGCUGGUGGGUCAAGGCAGUGACUCCCUAUCCAGCUACAAGCUAACCGCCGGCAGCUACCGGGAGACGGGCGAGCUGACAUGGCGCGAAGUCCCGCAAAGCGCUUCCGGCCUCGCGUUUGAGUGCUCCGGACACCUGCGCUCACGUCGACGAAAAGAUAUGCAACAAGGAGACUCUUUCGAGAUCGUCGGAGUCUUCAGGGCGUAUGACACCUCCGUUUCUGCGCUUCAAGUGGGGAGUGGCCGCUUCUCACUUCGCACGCAAACCGGCCUGGAACCGACUGCCAUCGGAAACCCAGCAUCUUACUUUGCCGCUGAUCGGGUAUGA